UAGGCGUUGCAGCAGUUAACUGUGCGCACGCAAUCUAACAACAUCGUAUCAACACAAUCAGUGUGAUUCUUGAGAACGUCUAGUCAUCAUGGAUACUUGGAUACUACUGUCUCUGUUAGCUGGCACCGUCGCUGUUUAUUAUUACUUCUUUAAGGACUUGAAUUUCUUCAAGAAGCAUGGAAUUCUUCACAUACCACCGUGGCCUGUCGUGGGCAACAUGGCACCAGCAUUUUUCCGCCAGUUAUCGAAGGCCGAAAUCGUUGAAGCCGUUUACAAUCUGAAUCAAGAUGCCAAAUAUGUUGGUUUCUUCGAUGGCAUGAAUCCAGUAGUGAUGAUUCGCGAUCCAGAACUCAUCAAGUCCAUCGGCGUGAAACACUUCGACUCGUUCACCGAUCAUCGCGCUUUUAUCGACGAGGCUAAUGACCCUCUAAUUGGCAAGAAUUUAUUUUCACUUCGUGGUGACAAAUGGCGAGAUGUGAGAACGUUAUUAAGCCCUGCUUUUACGUCUAGUAAAAUGAAAACUAUGUUUAAGUUAAUGUCCGAUUGCGCCACUAAUUUUGCCGAUUUUCUUUCCAAACUGCCUUCAGACGAAAGUGUUAUGGAAAUGAAAAACUGCUUUACCAGAUACACAAAUGACGUAAUCGCAACCUGCGCCUUCGGAAUUAGUGUUGAUUCUAUGAAAACUCCUACCAAUGAAUUCUACGUUAAUGGAAAAGAUCUUACAAGUUUUAACACUCUGCGUACCAUAAAAUUCUAUCUUAUUAGAAGUAUGCCUGUUAUCACCAAAAUCUUGGGUAUUAAAUUUGUCGAUAACCGUUUAGGUCAAUUUUUCAAAAAUCUCGUAAGAAGCACGAUAGACACCAGAGACAAACAGAAUAUCGUACGACCGGAUAUGCUGCAGUUGAUGAUGGAAAGCAGAGGAAAAAGAGGACCUGGCAAGGAACUGACUAUUGAAGAUAUGACCUCGCAGGCGUUUAUUUUCUUUUUUGGCGGUUUUGAUACCGUUUCCACUUUAAUGUGUUUUGCUAUUCACGAAAUCACCGUCAAUCCAAAUGUUCAAGUAAAACUGCGCAAUGAGAUAGACGAGGUUCUGAAGAAAACUAACGGGGAAUUAAGCUAUGAGGCUGUGAAUGGAAUGCAAUAUCUGGACGCUGUGAUUAACGAGGCUCUUAGAUUAUGGUCAGUGGCAGUGUUUGUGGAUAGAUUAUGUGUAAAAGAUUUCGAGUUACCCCCAGCGCUUCCUGGAGAUAAGCCCUUCGUCGUAAAAAGAGGAACAUACGUUUGGUUUCCUAUUUAUGGUCUUCAUCGGGAUCCAAAAUAUUUUGAGAAACCGAAUGAAUUUUAUCCCGAACGUUUUCUGGACGAAAAUAAGAAAAAUUUCAAUGCAAGCGCUUUUAUACCUUUCGGACUUGGCCCAAGAAUGUGUAUAGGUAACAGGUUCGCAUUAUUAGAAACCAAGGUCAUGAUAUUUCACUUAUUGGCUCGUUGCGAAUUGAAACCGUGCGCUAAGACCUCUCAUCCAUUGCGAUUGAGUAGAUCAAGUUUUACUAUGCUGGCAGAAGGAGGAUUCUGGCUAAAAAUUCAAGCGAGAAGCGAUGCUCAUAGUAUAUUCACAAGCGUUAAAAAUGAUGCGGGUAGUGGCUAUAUUUGAAUCUGUACGAAUGUCGAUAUAUUUGUAAAUUAAAGGUUGAUUCUGUUUUACACUUACAACUGGCUAAGAGAAAUUGUGCUUGAGAUAUUGAUAUGAAAUUAUGCGAAAAACAAUUUUUUUUUAUUUAAUAAUAUUUUGUAAUAAUAUAAAAAUCGAUUAUAUUGCAAUGCUUAUAGUGUUAUUUAUUUUAUAUGAUUUGUUAUAAUAUAAAUUUUUAUUUAGUUUAUAUUUUUAUAUUAAAAUUGAGAGAGUAAUUGGAAUUAAUUUUUGAUCCAUGAGACAUUAUUUGCAUUUCUGUAUAUUCGCGAAAGAGAAAAUUAUAUUAGCUGAUAAAAUUCUUUCUUAAUUAAUUCUUACAAAAACGAAUAAAUUUAUAUUCCGAGAGUUAGAUCAGAGUCGCCAGUAAAUAAAAAUUAAGAACAAGAUUAUAAUCGACCAACACUGGCAAUAUUUUCUUUAUUAAAAAUUAACACGACGUUUUGACCGAUGGAUUUUGAUCCUUUUCAAGUGUACUAGAAACAGAAUAAAGUAUAAUAAUUAGCACAAUGACAUAGAAACAAUAUUUCACUCAAAUUAAUAACAAAUUGUACAUUGUAAAGUUAGCUAAUUUACGAAAAAAUUGUCAAGUAAACGCACUUACAAUAUGGAAGCUAUGAUAUUAUUAUCAAGUAUAAUUACUAAAAAAGAAACGUUGUGUAUUAUAACAUGUCGUCAAUAUACAUGUAAACCGAGAACAGAUGAGACCAUCUUUAUUAUUUUGUUGUAAUUAUUAUUUAGAUUUUGGUGUCCCCUCUUUUGUAAGUGGAGAGUGUUGUUAAAUUUUUCAAUAAAAAACAUUUCAACAAG